AUGUCGGCAGCCGUCUUCCCUCCUCCUACUCCCACCCCAGAAUCCCCCCACAGAGUGUGCCAAGGCCCUGCUCUCGGCGGGGGUAUGGAGAGGAAGAACUCGGGGUGCUGUGAGGCCCCAAAGAAGCUAGGCCUGUCCUUCUCCAUCGAGGAGAUCUUAAAGAGGCCCACCGAGAGGAGCGAUGUGGUCAGGGCGGAAGGGGCAGGUGGAGGGGGCGCCAGGCAAGCAGCAGCCACAGCCUCCAGGCUGGAGAGACCUCGGCAGGACCAGCCCCAGGAGCAGAGGAGGAGUAAGCGGAGGGUCCGGACCACCUUCACCACAGAGCAGCUGCGUGAGCUGGAGAAGAUCUUCCACUUCACCCACUACCCAGACGUCCACGUCCGCAACCAGCUGGCGGCCAGGAUCAAUCUCCCAGAACCUCGGGUGCAGAUCUGGUUCCAGAAUCAGCGAGCCAAGUGGCGGAAGCAGGAGAAGAUCAGCAGCCUUGCGGCUCCGCAGCAGCUGAAUGAGGCCGACGUGGCCCCGGCCACGAAUCUGGAUGUGGCUGGCCCCGUGCUGCCGCCCCCUGCACUGCCCAGGCUGGCUCCUCCCACCACGUGUUAUCCACCGGCUCAAGGUCAGCUGGCCCCUGCCUGGUUCCCUGCCCGGAUCACCCUCCUCCCACACCACCCAUGGGAGACACAGCCUCUCCCGGGCCCUCUCGUCCAGCAGACCUGCAUCCCAGUGCUCCACUUCCUUCCACCUCCGCACCCCAAAUGGGGCGGCAUCUGUGCCACUUCAACAUAG